CGACUUCUCCGGCGCGGCUGUCUUGUCUAUGAGACCUGAUGCGCUCCCUACAGUGCCUGCACCGUCGUCGUCGUCAUGGUCGUCGGCGUCGUACACAGGCUCUGGCUCAGCCGAGCUGGAGGACGUCGUUCCGCGGGUAGCACGGUCGGCACAGGCAGGCGCGGGUGAGAACAAGCCCCAGCCGCCCGAGUAUGUCGAGCCACAGCGUGACAGGUUUGGGCGGCUGGUGGGCGGGCGGUACGCGCCCAAGCACACCAGGCGCAAGUCACGGACAAUCGGAACAGCGGCGGCGGCGGGGAGAGCAUCGGCUGGCGCGAUUGGUGCAGCAGCAGGCGGUGAUGGUGGUGCCGGAGGCGUCGACGAGCCGCAGGCAAAGCGCAACAAGCGGGUGCGGCGGAGCAAGGGAGGGCGAUCGACGGCGGCGUCACGGGCGGCGGUUGCUGAGCCGGCCGAAGCCGAGCAAGUACCUGCAGUGACGCGGCGAAUGGCAGAGCCCAAAGCCAAGCUGGAUUGCGGAGACUGGAUCCGCAUCGGGGUCGCCACCACGGUGUUUGUGUUCAACCUCGUGGUCUUUAUCACCUGCUCGGCCAUUCUGUACGUCAACUACGACGAUCCAUGCGACAAAAAGAUCAACAUUGGACUGGCCCUCCUUGCCACCUGGUUUGGCAUGCUGACCUGCACUUCGUUGGGCCUCUUCUACGCCCGCAUCCGCGCCGUGAUGACCAAGACCUCGCUGCCGCCGUCGUCAUCGUCGCCGGGCGAGGCCCGAAUGACCGCCAAGGUCUACCACACGGCGUGCAUGCUCUCCACUGCCGUCGUCGCCGCCUCGAUGGUCCUUGUUGCCGGAAUCUCGUCGAUCUUUGUCUUUACCUCGUCCGAGGCCAAGUGCGACACUGGCCUCUACAACGCCGGCUACUACUACACCCUCAUCGCCUUUGGCGAGUCUGGUGCGUGGAUGCUCGCCAUGGGCUGCCUGUUUUGCUUCCACUACCUCGACACCAUGUAGCGUACUCGAUUACAAUGUGGCCUACACACC